GCGGCUUCCGGCCCAAGGGAAAGGGCGGGGCAGGCGGGAAGAGGCCGUGCUUUCCAAUUGGCUGAAGGGUCCGCGUCCGUUGGGGCUGGAAAAGGCUGUGAAGGCCUCGAGGCUGUGCUGGGAAAUGAGUUUUUCUCAGACUUGAGGCCAGGAGGACAAGCACACGGAAGGGGACGAAGAAUCCAGGGUGCGGCAGAAGACUCUGAAGGGAAGCUAAGGGGGACGGAUCCAGUGAGACGUCCGGGGCAACAAACAAGGUUCUGAAAAUGGACCGACCCGUGAGGCCAAGAUUGGCCUCUCUCAGUGACUUUCAGUUUGGAGCUGUUGCCACAGAGACAAUCGAAGACGCUCUGCUCCACUUGGCCCAGCAGAAUGAGCAAGCCGUGCAGGAGGCUGCGGGCCGGAUGGGCAGCUUCAGGGAGACCCGGAUCGUGGAGUUUGUUUUUCUCCUGUCUGAACAAUGGUGUCUGGAGAAAUCUGUGAGCUACCAGGCUGUAGAAAUCCUAGAAAGGUUUAUGGUUAAGCAGGCAGAGAACAUCUGCAGGCAAGCCACAAUCCAGCUGAGAGAGAAGACAGGGCCUCAGAAUUGGAGGGCUCUGAAAGAGCAGCUUUUCAACAAGUUUAUCCUGCGUCUUGUGUCAUGUGUUCAGCUGGCAAGCAAACUUUCCUUCCACUACAAAAUAAUCAGCAACGUUACAGUCCUGAGUUUCCUCCAGGCUCUAGGGUAUCUACACACUAAAGAAGAACUGCUGGAGUCAGAGCUUGAUGUUUUGAAGUCCCUGAACUUCCAAAUCAAUCUGCCUACUCCCCUGGCAUAUGUGGAGAUGCUCUUGGAGGUUUUAGGAUACAAUGGCUGUUUGGUGCCAGCCACACAGCUGUAUGCAACCUGCCUGACCCUACUUGACCUAGUCUAUCUUCUCCAUGAACCUGUAUAUGAGAGCCUGCUGAGGGCUUCAAUCGAGAACUGCACACCCAGUCAGCUGCAAGGGGAAAAGUUUAUUUCCGUGAAGGAAGACUUCAUGCUGUUGGCAGUAGGAAUCAUUGCAGCAAGUGCUUUCAUCCAAAACCAUGAGUGUUGGAGCCAGGUUGUGGGGCAUUUGCAAAGCAUCACUGGCAUUGCCUUGGAGAGCAUUGCCGAACUCUCUUAUGCAAUCCUGACUCACAGCGUGGGCGCCAGCACUCCAGGUCAACAGCGGCCUGUUCCUCCCCACCUGGUGGCCGGAGCACUGAGGGCUGCGACUUCUCCAACACAUAAGGCAGGCGGAAUCCGCCCAAAAUAAACAGCCUUCUGUCACUGCACUCAUCUCUCCCUUUUCUUACUUUCAUACUCAGUGUACAGAAGUUCCAAGUAUCUUCUGAGCUGUGUUUUAUAUUCCAACUUGAUGCUUAUUUUUCUGCAUCAGAGAAAGAGUUAAGGUGAAUAAGCAUGUCCUUUUCGUCGUACCAGACUGAAAAUGUCCAAGAGCUGGGACAAGAUAUUAGAAUAUCAGUGAAAUUAGUUUAUUUUUGUUUAACAAGGUAUUUAUGGCUUUCCUCUUAAUUGUUCAUUUUAUUAAGGGAGAACAUCAGACAUGGAGAUUAGUAUUAACCAGGGGCUCAAAAACUGAGACCAUCUGGGUGAUCUUGACUGAGCAUGAAGGAGGUAGCCUUUAUUUCCCCUUAAAGUUAAACAUCUCUGUUCUGUUACUGAGAGCUACACAAAUAGGGCAUUCUCUACAGCUGUCUACUUUUCAUUAGAGUCUUUUUAAAAAACUAACACCCAUCUCUAAACAUGUUUCAGCAGACUUUCCACAUACCUGCGCUUGAACUCGAUUCUCCCAGAAUACAAAGUACUCUAUUCUAGUUAAAGAAAAACCCAACAGUGCACCUCUGGGCAGUUAUCAGACUGCAGUAAAUCUUUUAUUACAAAUAAUUAAAUCUCUCCAUAAGGUCUCAAACAGCAUCAAACACAAUUUCGUAUCUCUACACAGAGCAGAGCAGGCAUUCAGUACUAGAACCAAGUGAGAAGUGUUAAAUUUCAAGCUUCUGAUCACAUCACAUGGUGACCAAAGCUUACAUGUCAUUUUCUCACGUUAUCCAACUGUGCAUCUCACACAUCUUGUAGUCUCAGUGGAGACAAACGUUUCUAUUUCAUAUUCUAAGUGCAGGAAGUUGAGAGAGAUAAAAUCCAGUGAAAACACAUCAAUCUCAAUUCAACUCAGUUAAAAAAAAAAAGCAAACUUAAAUUAGUUGUUUUGCGGGGACAAAGGGAAAGGAAGGCAUGGGGUUAAGAGUCAAAACUGUGACAAAGGCCAGUUGCUAUACAUGGCAUGUUGUAGCUCUGGAAAGUAUCUGUUAUAUUUUAAAAUAAAGUGGCUUUUGUGGAUUUUUUUUUUCUUUUUUGGUAUUGUAAACGUGCUGUUUAAUAGUACCCGAAUUUAAUUUAACACUGUUUUUUGCAAACAAAACAAAAUUUAAAGCCUUUAAGGCAAACAAACCCCUAAGGAAAAAAGCAAGUCAUUUGUUAUAAAACUGUGAGGAUACCCAAGCAAGACCCCACUUAAGAUUCGUCAGCAUGAACUUGAGAGCUUUUGUCCACUGUUCCUCAGAGUUAAACUGGGUUUUGAUGGAAUAGGAGCCACCGCUGCCUCCUGUGUCUUCAAUCUUGCCUUUCUCCACAUCCAUCCUGCAAAUGAACACAGCAGAACUCAUUAGUAACUGAGAUCCGAGUUAAGUCAGUUCAGGCAAAUGGGCAGGGACUUGAUCAUGGGACCAUUCACGUCAUUUUAUCUACUAAAGAACUCUUGGCAAGGAAUGGUAGUGUAUUUUGGAUUUGCUUGAAAGCCCAAUAUCAGGAAGGCUGUCACAAGAGCCUCAUUGUCAUUGCGGAGUACAGGGACAAGACACACACCCAAACAGAUGAGAAGCCUGGAGCAGAGGGUAAGUGACGGUUACAGUACUCCUCACUGUUUUCCUAGGCAUUCCUCACUUAUGGGGAGAGAAGGGAGGCAGAAGAAAAGAAAUGCUUUGUUUUGGGGUGAUGGAAGCAGCUCAGCCUUACUGUGUUAACUAAGGUGUCCAUCCAUCUCUGGGCUCCUACAAAAUUUGAUCAAAGGAAGCAUUCCUGUAUAUUUCCAAGGGUGUAAGGGAAAAAACCUCCCUGAAAUUGGAGAGCAGGCUUGAGCUCUGCAGCAAGAAAAUCCCCCACACCAUCUAAGUCAACAUUCUUUUUCUCCAGGGACCAGGUGGUUACAUUCUGUCCUGUUUGCAGUGUUGGAUCAGUCUCUGCCUAUCAGUGUCAAUGUGAUCUUACUCCAUUUUCUGUUUUCCCACUAUAUGUACUAGUUUUGCCUCCA